AUGUUCUUCUUUGCAAUCGGUUCACCAGGGUUACCUGCCAGAACUUUAAAAUCACGAUGGGCUUCCGGUAGAUCUGUUCCCAAUAGAAUAUCCACUGGACCGCCAUUUAAAUUUAGAUCUUCUACAAUUCGAACAAGUGAGGAAAUCUGACUAGCAAGUGAGGAAAUACAAGUGCAGUCAUGCAGUGCGGACGUGGCAAAAGCUGCGCUCUAAUAUUGCAGUUUAUUUUAUAUUAUUUAAUAGUUGGGUUUGAGGAAAACGACUAUUAUAAUUCUCAGUUAAAACCGUGUAAAUCUUCACUGUUUACAUUUGGCAAAACUCUUAUUGUUUUUGAAGAAAAUGUUGGCUGUCUUUUUGUUUCACCUUCAUCUCACAAAUUUAGCCGCCAUGUUGGUUCAGUCAAGAUCUAUGGCAAGGGAUUCUUCUCAGCCAGAAUUAAGCGUUAUCCAAAUGCAACAUCCAGCUUUCAGUUAAUGCGAUUGAUGGUUAGUGGGGAUAUUUCACCAAACCCUGGCCCAAACACAAGUCUUGAAGAAGCGAGGAAAAGUGAAACUCGGCGAAAGUGUUUAGAUUCGAAUAUUAAGAUUGCACAUUUGAAUAUUCGUUCUAUUAAAAAUCGAAAUAGUUUUCUCCUUGUGAAAGAAGCAUUAAUGAAACACAAGUUUGAUAUCCUGACAAUCAGCGAGACCUGGCUCGAUAACUCUAUUACUGAUGCUGAAAUAUGGAUCCCCGGCUACAACAUCUAUCGACUCGAUCGCGUAUCUAAAGUGGGUGACGGUGUGUGUGUCUACACGAAGGAUAAUCUUAAGAUUAGCAGUUUGAAUGAUUUAUCAUAUAUAGCAGAUUCAGGCCUACAUAUGUUAUGGCUCAAAGUUCAGGUUGGAAAUUUACGAUCCUUUUUAAUCUGUACUGCCUAUAGACCACCAAAUGCUCCCUUAAAUUGUUUUUGA